CUUCCUGCAACAAUAUAUCACCAUGUGAAGCCCGUCCUACAUUCCACUCUCCCCCGGGCCGUCGCACACAGCUCUCUCAACAACCACCGCCGUCUGCUCGAGAGCUCUCGAGAACAUAGGAGUCAUAGCUGAGAUGGAUUUCGACCCGACCUCGCAUCCCCAUCGCAGGUUCAAUCCACUCACUGGUGAACACGUCCUCGUCUCGCCGCACCGCAUGAAGCGGCCCUGGCAAGGCCAAACUGAGCUCCCGCAGCCUUCGAACCUCCCACAGUACGACCCGAAGUGCUACCUUUGCCCGGGCAACACACGUGCCAACGGCGACCGUAACGAGCAGUAUGCGCAAACGUUCAUCUUUCAGAAUGACUAUGCCGCGGUGCUGCCUCCGCCCGGCCCUGCUGCCCCGCCCGCGCCGCAUCCGCUGCUCAGCACCGACCCCGUCCAGGGCGCGUGCGACGUCCUCUGCUUCCAUCCUCGCCAUGACCUCACGCUUGCUCAACUGUCAGUCAAGGAUAUCGAGCUAGUGAUCAAAGAGUGGUGCAGGAUCUACCAGAGACGCGGAAUGCAGGAGGGGAUCGAGUAUGUGCAAAUUUUUGAGAACAAGGGAGCCAUGAUGGGCUGCUCUAAUCCCCACCCACACGGGCAAACUUGGUCGCUAUCGUUUGUCCCCACUUUGCCUGCGAAGGAGUUGGCAAACAUGAAGCAGUACGCUGCCUCGAACGAACCCACUUCUGAUGCACCGAAAGGACCCGGCGGCCGUCCUUGUUUGCUUUGCGAGUACGCUCAUUAUGAAACUGGCCUUGCGCAGGAGGAAGGCCGAGUGGUGUAUAAGAAUGAGCAUUGGGUUGGGUUGGUGCCGUGGUGGGCUGUCUGGCCAUUUGAGAUUCUUAUGCUGCCGUACAAGCGGCACAUACCGUCUAUUCUCGAGCUUACUACCGAAGAGAAGACAGCAUGGGCGGACUGCCUGUCGAACAUCACGAAACGCUACGACAACCUCUUCCGGUGUUCGUUUGCCUACUCGAUGGGCAUUCACCAGCGCCCGUUGCUGCUCAAACCUGGACAAUCUGCGGUCGAAGAGAAUGUGGCGCACCUGCACUUACACUUCGCGCCCCCGCUGCUCCGGAGCGCAAGCAUCAGGAAGUUUCUUGUCGGCUUUGAAUUGAUGGCUGAACCACAGCGCGACCUGACCGCGGAGCAGGCUGCGAAGCGUCUUCGCGACCUGCCAUACGUGCACUACCUCGACGCUGAAGUACAAGCAAAGGAGGUGCCGACUGCACUGGGGACUGAUGGCACCAACAGCUAAGCAGCGUGCCUUUCGUAGUAAAGUAUCUCAAGUUCCCAGCUGCAUGUACAAAUUCGUUUCAAGGCUUGCUUAGAGGGCGACCACAUUAUAGAAUGUGCUAUUUUCACCACGAGCGCUGUGGCGAGACUAAAACAGAAAUAUCAUAUUCGCAUCACUCAGAUCGAAACCUCUUAGCUCAGGCCUCAGGACUUGUCCCUGGUCUUUCUACUUUUUCUAAUUCUAUUUACAAGUUUGCGAUUCUAAACGUAUCUCCCUGCGACCCGCGCCCUCGACUUCUUGAAAACAUACCCGUAUUGUAAACACACCCGAGCAUACUUAUCCGGCUGACUCCACCUCGCACCUACAAUGAUGCCCCGCCUACCACCACUACCAAUCCGUGGACGGCGAUGACCUCUUCCUUCAGUGUCUUUUCCCGACGUGCUCUAGACACCCUCAGGAGGUCCAUGCUUGUUUUUGCGAACAAACGUGCACUCGCCCGGCUCUUCUCAACGUUUCUGUGCUGCGUCGUCGUCGUCGUCAUACGCCCAUUUUCGCGCCUUGGAGGCAGCUAUGCCUUCCUCAUUCUAGCCCUCAAAGAGCUCGUGUUCUCUGUACAAGACAGUCUUGCCCAGCAGCUUGAGCUAACGAUGCUCAACAUCCUCGGCGCUUUGCUCGGUAUCGCGAUGUCUACGCUUGGUAGAUUUAUUGCCGCACGGUAUCCUGUAGAGUCUGCAAGCUCUAGAGCGACCUGCGCCACUUUCCUUGUCCUAAUUAGCUUCUUCGGUGAGCAGUCUACA